ACUGAAAAUGCGCAGAAUACUAUUUAUGGAAAUCUCUAAACGCUUCCAAAGAUUUCCUAGCCUAUUAUAAUAUGCGGAGAUAACAACUCAUUACACAUACUAUAUAUGUAGAUGUCUAUAUAUACCAUACAUGUAGUCUUGAGUUACACCUUACAUUACUUACCAUGACCGUUUCGGUUUUAUACACAUUAUUUCUUGCAGCCCUUGUGCUUGGUUGCCAUUGUGAUGAAAGGGAGAUACACAUUGUGUACAUGGGCGAUCUGCCUCAAGAAGAUCUAUCAGUUGCAUCCAUACACCACUCAAUGCUGCAGACUGCACUUGGAAGUGUUGCAUCAUCCAAGGAUUUACUAGUCUAUAGCUAUGAAAGAAGUUUUAACGGGUUUGCAGCCAAGCUUACCAAAGAAGAAGCUGCAAGAAUUUCAGAGAUGGAUGGAGUGGUUUCUGUAUUCCCUGAUAGCGCUAUAGAGCUUCACACGACGAGAUCUUGAGACUUCAUGGGAUUCAGCCAGAGCAAGCUUGGAGCUGGCCAGGAAGGAGAUGUCAUUAUUGGACUAAUUGACACUGGAGCGUGGCCGGAGCAUCCGAGUUUCAACGACACAGGUUACAGCCCUCCACCGGCUAAAUGGAAGGGAGCAUGUGAAACCACAAAUUUCACCUGCAACAACAAGCUCAUUGGGGGCCGCUUCUACAACAGCGAUGGCCAUUACUAUGGAAACAUGAUCCCAUCUCCAAGAGACACAGAAGGGCACGGCACCCACACAGCCACAACAGCUGGUGGUGGUGAGGUGGUGGGGGCGAGCUAUCUUGGGCUAGCAGAGGGCGUAGCAAGAGGUGGAGUCUCCAAUGCAAGGGUUGCAGUGUACAAGGUGUGCGGGUUCCUCAUCUGCCUCUCAGUCGACAUCCUCAAAGCCUUUGAUGAUGCAAUCGCGGAUGGAGUUGACAUCAUAUCAGUCUCUCUAGGAUCUUUCCACGCUUCUGAUUACAUCUAUGAUCCCAUUGCAAUAGGAUCUUUUCAUGCCAUGAAAAGGGGGGUAUUAACCUCAGCCUCAGCAGGGAACUCUGGCCCGGAUCCCGUUUCAGUAUGCAACGUUGCACCUUGGUUACUUUCAGUCGCUGCUAGCACCAUUGAUAGGAAGUUUGUGGCCAACUUGGUGCUUGGCAAUGGCCUAAUCUUGAGAGGAAACUCGAUUAACACCUUUGAUCUCAACGGAACCUCAUUCCCUCUAAUCUGGGGGGGCGACGCUGUGAACUACACUGCCGGUUCUAGCUCGGAUUAUGCAAUUGAUUGUGGAUAUGAUGAUCUGAAUCUUGAGAUGGUGGUGGGGAAGAUAGUCGUGUGCCAAAGCACACUGGGGAUGCUUGCCAUUCGUGAGGUGAAUGGCAUCGGAAUCAUCUUGAUCGGUACAGACGCCGUGAAUCCCGAAUACGCCUUGAGCUAUCAACUACCAGUCACAAUGAUAACCCCAGAUGAUGGCAGGAAGGUUUUGGAAUACAUAAGAAGCACAAGAUACCCUACAGCAACUAUUUUGGUGGGAGAGAGUUGGAAAGAUGCCAUGGCUCCUAGAGUUGCUUCAUUUUCUUCCAGAGGGCCCAACGCCAUUAGUCCAGAUAUUCUCAAGCCUGAUAUAACUGCGCCCGGCGUCAACAUUCUUGCUGGGUGGUCUCCGAUGGCGCCGCCUUCGUUCGAAGUUGGCGACACGAGGGUGGUAUAUUUCAACAUAGCUUCAGGAACAUCCAUGUCGUGCCCUCAUGCAAGCGGCGCCGCUGCCUAUGUCAAAGCAGCUCACCCUCAAUGGUCGCCCGCCGCCAUCAAGUCCGCCAUCAUGACAACAGCACACGUGAUGGAUCCCAGAAAACACAGCGACAUGGAGUUCGCCUACGGCUCCGGACACAUCAACCCUGCGGCGGCGAUAGACCCAGGCCUAGUCUUCGACGCCUCCGUGGCGGACUACGUCGACUUCCUCUGCAAGCAGGGCUACAACACCACCACCCUGCGACUGGUCGCCGGAGACAAUAGCGCCUGCGCCAACACCGCCGCGCCGGGAAGAGGCUGGGACCUCAACUACCCAUCCUUGGCGCUCUACGUGGAAGACGGGCAGCAGAUCUCCGGCAGCUUCGCCAGAAGAGUGACGAAUGUCGGCAAGGCCAACUCAACUUACACCGCCGCCGUCGACGCGCCGCCGCUGAUCAACGUCACGGUUGAUCCGGCGGUGCUCACGUUUUCGUCGGCCGGAGAGACGCAGCAGUUCGCCGUGCAUGUGGCGGGACCCGCCAUUAAACAGGUGCCGAUCAUCUCCGCCGCCGUGACAUGGAGCGACGGAAGCGGGCAUUCUGUGAGAACACCGGUUGUGGUUUACAACUACUCUCCCGGUGCUCCCUACAAUCUUCAAUCUCCAAAUUCCAACUCCAAAAUGAUUUAAGAAAUGGGAGAGUUGUCAUAAUAAAACCACAAAACUGCUUGUAUCACAAGUUAAAUAAUGAGGGAGACGGCAAAUGUAUGUAUUUCCAAAGCAAAACGCAUAAUAUAUAGAGUAAUAACACCACUUUCUUCGUCAAA